UUUUUUACUGUUUCUGCAGUUUUUACUGUUGUAUGCCGUCUUAAACCCCGCCCACAAUUGUCUGCAAUCCCAUAUCUCAAUCCAACAAACAAAACAUAAGUAGAAUUAAAUAAAAUCGUACCUUUUUCAUUUUCCAUUACCCUCAGAUAUACUUCACAAUAUGGAAGAAAAGCUACUUACGUCAAAAUAAAAGUGUCCGACCACAUUUCUUUCUUAAAUGUAAAAUUUAUUAAAUCCGGAAAAACAGUCUAUGACAUGGUUAAAAAAUUUGAGAAUCAAGAAAUUACAUUUAAAUAGGUGUAAUUUCACUUGUUUGCAAUUAUGUAUUCCUGAUAAUAUUACUAAUAAUUCACAAUAAGCCUAGGGAUUUGUAUUAAGAAGAUAGAGUAAUAUUUUGUUAUACUUUUGUUGCAUUAACCAGGAAAAAAACAUUAAACAUUGCAUUUAUGCAAAAAAAUUUAUCAACUAAUAUUUUAUCUCCAGUAGACAUUAAGGAUAAAGCGGUCAAGGGUAUGACCUUUGAGACUGUUUGAAGAACCGUUCUGUUCUCAAAACUACAAGCCAGGCUUAAAGCGUCAUUUUAUUGCGUACCAGCUUAUGAAAAAGUCUCACAGAUAACCUGCCAAUGUCCUAAUCUUGUCCUUGUUGCUCGUGGCCGAUUAUCUCGAUCGCACACAAUUGCACCCCCUGCUAUUGGUCAUGUGACCUGUGCACAAAGGGGCCAGUCUUCUUCGCUUGGUCCAACUUACUGGUUUUCAGACAAAAAGAAAACAAUGGCGACCGUAAAGAUAAGACUUGGGGAUAAUUAACAGCAAAUCCAGACUCAACAAACGCAACGCUCCAUCAUCCAUUGGUUGGGAAGAAGGGAGGAGGUUUGUUGGUGUGAAGUUGAAUGAUUACUUGGGAGCGCGAGUGGUUGUAAAAUGUGGUCUCGGUCGGGAGGACCGUUACAUAAAAGGCGACCCGUUUCAGAAAACGUGAAGUCCUACCAUGAGUCCAUGCGUCUUCUCGGUCUUGGUGAUUCUGUGGCCAGUGAUGGCUGUGGAGACGUCCACCUCAGAGGGCCAGCAGAUCCUCCAAGCCUUGCACUGUCCGCCCUGCGAACGCAUCCAUUGCUCCCCUCGCCGGGCGCCGAAGCUCCAGUGUCAGGGUGGAAUCACCACCGGGGUUUGUGGUUGCUGUCCAGCCUGUGCUAAACUGGCGGGAGAAGGAUGCGGAGGCACCUGGGACUACCUGGGGAAGUGCGAUGAAGGGCUGGUUUGCAUUUACCCAGAAGAGACGGGUGAAAAAACAGAGGCACAACACAAGGGAACCUGCAAAUCAGUGCUGGAGGUCCUCAAAGCCGACACGUGCAGUCCCGAGUGCACGCGGGAGUUCUGCAAGGCAAAUCCCAACGAAAUAUGCUCGGCCAGGUCUGUAUCGCUGGAGAAGCGUGAGUGUGGAGGUCACUGCCAGCACACGACCUGCUCCAGCUGCCUGGUUCUCACACCUCCAGCUUGUCCUCAGGCCUGUUCCCCAACAGACCACGUGUGUCUGCAUCGCUUCGGCCGGUGUGUGCGAGAAAAACACCCGACCGUCUGCCACCAGAACCUGCAGAAUAACUCUGAGGGAUUCUUCGUGUGUUUGGCGCCUGCCUGUCCGACUGCAGCGAACUGAUUCUACAUUUUAAGAAGGAUACAAAUAAUGUAAUUAGUUAUAAAAUGUAGCAUAAAAGGCAGCUAUUUUUAUUGACUUAAAAAAAAAAAAAAAAAGAAUGCUUUGAAAUUACUUGCAUUAUUGUUGUACAGCUUUUGUUAUACAAGUUUCUAUUAGUAAAACAUGCUAAAACCAUGUAAAAAACUGCAUUUGCAUGGCUACUAAUAAUAUACUUGUCAGUUUCUUAAAUGAUGUAUACUAAUGUUUGUAUGUGCAAAUGUUAAAUGAAUAAAAUCGCAUUUUAGGAAACGUGUAUAUAUAAAAAUGGACUAAUAAGGUCAGACCGACCCCUUCAGAAAAAGAGUGCCCACUGUAAACAUGUUCUCGCUCCUGUCAGGCCUGUUACUGAAUAACAAUGUGUUUAUGAGCGUGCAAUUAGACGUCCAUCCAUGAGCCAGAACAAAGCCCUGAUCCAUAAUAGAUCAACCUGUCCACGAUCCUUUUGAUGUCUGUCUCACAUGAAACUGCAUAAAAGUUGAUUCUGAUAAACGUGUUGGCGUUCAACACCGUUCACGAUAUGCCUCCAAGCGUGCAACAAAUAAAUAAAUAAACUCGUGUUUUUCUCAGCUAUGCCAACAGUAAGUUAAAUAUAUGCAUAAAUGCAUUUAGCUUAUUUCAUGCAUGAAAAGCAAGUCAUUAUAUGGGCACCACUUUUAAACGUAUGGAAGUAUUAAAAAACGUUCAUAUGUUAAAAAAAAAGUCUACGGUUCACACAAAUCGGUCUCC